UCGUCAGAAUAUCGCGGGCUCAGAAGAAAUGGCAGCGCGUAGGUGAACAAGGAACAAGUAUUACAAGUAAAUUAUUAUUUUUUAACGAUGUUUAGCCUUGAAAUGGAUGCAUCACCACCUUUUUUUGGAUAAAUAAUUUAUAAUCGCUUUUACUGUACGUUCCUUUUGAAACCACAUUUGGCACAUUCUCUAGUUUGAGGGUGUUUACAAAAGCUAUGGCUUCGGAUGCUUCGCCACUAUGCUGUUGUGAAUACAAAAACAUCAAAGGAGAAAGAACGCAUUUGUUGGCUUUGUGCUGUGAUUGUGAAGAUUUAGAUAACGCUGUAGAUCAGUGCUUAAAAGGAAAGAAAGUUCCGUUCACGAGAUGUUCUGUUAUUCACAAUGUAAUAACAGAUAGACUUCGAAUUCCAUGGCCAAAAGGGGCAAAAAAGUUGAACAUGGAAUUUGUAAUUCCUGUGGUGUUAUUGCCAAGUUCGCUAUACUUUGCGUCGCGGAAUUUUAUUUUUACUGUUCUUAGUCUGGUUUAUCUACCACUAUUUGUGUUUGUUUACUAUGUGUACUCUUUGAGGACAAGAAAGCGUACAUGGUUUUUCGUCAGCUGGGCCAGUACAUCAGUUAUUGGAAUCUACGUUGUGUUUUUGAUACAUAUCUCAUCGGCUUUGCAUCUCCAAAGCACAGUUUUUGUCACCUUGGGAACAAUAGCAACCAUUUAUUUCUACUACCGUGUCAUCAAUUCAGAGACAAAGCUUAAUCUGUUUGCGGAAGUAUCUGAUCAAGUAGAAAGACAAAAUACUGAUAAUGGGAAAUUGAAUAAUGGAGUUAAGAGUUAUGAGAGACUGACAUGCUGUUUCUGUACUUAUGGGCCAUUUCACAGGUCAAAACAUUGCAGAAUUUGUGGAUACUGUGUUCCAAGAUCAGACCACCAUUGUGUGUGGACAAAUUGCUGCAUUGGGCAUCACAACCAAGGGAAAUUCCUUUUGGCUAUCCUAUCAUUUGUUAUGACUGGGGGAUGGGGAAUACACCUAUCACUGUCCACCAUAUGCAAGCCGGUCACUAACGCAUGGUAUAGGGACUGCUCAGAGGUCUACAAAGAGCCUGGGGCUGCUCUGAUGUUUGUCUGUACAUUCUACGGUGUGGUGUUUGUCUUGGCAAUGUCCAUGCUACUUGCUCAACAGCUGGUUUUCAUCAGCCUUAAUAUCACAGGAGAUGAAUGGCGGCGUUCACCAAGAAGCAAGAGUCUUCUUCAAGUACUCAGAACUAACCCCCACUACAAAGGGUUUCUGCAGAACUGGAAAGAUUUUCUGUUUUUAAAGAGAGACAAAGGAUUAAAGGCUAGAUAUGAGUUAGUUUAGGGUGGGAACUUUUUAUUGUUCCAGAGCUUGGGGGAAACAGCUUUGGAUGAAGGGGGAGGGGGUAAUCACAGAAUUAAAUCCCCCCCCCCACCGCCUUUUUAGCAUGGAUCAGAUGGCAGGGGUAACAGGUAAUUAGAAAAGCUUAUAGAGUAGUAUAUUAAAUACAUUACAUAAAUGCCCUUUAUUAAUUUACAAUAAAUUUAGUCAAUGGGAACCCAAAGUGUUGUGACCAGAAGAAGGAAGUAUCAGUGAAAGAGUAGAAAGAUACAUCUUUUUUGGCUCUUUCUCUACACUGCAUCACGCUUUCAUGUUGGGUCUCUAAGAACGAAGACUUGUGGUGUUUUUUUUCUCUCAUUGAGCAACUACAAUUUAAAAAUAAGUGGGAAAAUGAAUUGGAUAGUAUCAUUAACGGUUAAAAUAAGGAUAAGCCACACCCCUUUUGCAUGUCUGGAGAUCCAGCAGUCUUGUGCGUAACCCUUCUGUCAAGAGAGAGAUUUACUUUAGUGAAUUAAAAUUGCUUAUUUAUGACACGGUAUUUUCGAGAAUAAAUUUUUCUUACUGAA